AUGUCGUUGCUUCGCAAGUCGUUUCGCUACAUUCAGUUGCUCAUCUCCGCCGAACCGACCAGGCUUGAUUAUCUACUUCUGGUCACAGGUGCACUCUCAGCCAUUGCUUCUGGUGUUCCUUUCCCAUUGAUUGGCAUCAUCUUUGGUCAACUGAUCGACGAUUUCAACUCAGCAACGUGUGAUGUACAAGAACACAAUGGAGAUGCGACCGAUUAUCAAGGCAACGUUGACUCCAGAAUCCUACUCAUAUUAUACUUGGCCAUUGCUCAAUUCGUCUUGAUCUAUGCUCAUUUAUCAUGUUGGAGUCUGACGGGCGCACGACUUGCACAGCGAUUAAGAGAGAGCUAUCUAAGAAACCUACUCCGACAAGAGCCUUCAUUCUUUGACAAUGUCACUCCAGGCGAGGUUGCGUCUCGCCUCAACGGCGACAUUUCCACCAUUCGAUCUGGAACCUCCGAGAAGGUCGGCAUUUGCAUAUCAGCUGUCUCCUUCUUUGUGACGGCAUAUAUCGUGGCCUUCAUCAAGGAUACAAAGCUGGCAGGCAUGUUGGUGUGGCUGUUCCCAGCUUACUUUAUCAUGUCAUUUGUGGGCAGCCACUACAUUGAGAAGUACUCGGAGCUGGUCUCAACGCAUGCUGCUUCCGCAGCCUCCAUUUCGGCAGAAGCACUCUCCAACGUCGUUGUUGUCCAUGCCUUUGGUGCCAAUUCUCGCCUUGAAAAGAUUUUCGCCCAACAUCAAAAGGCUUCGGAACGCGAAGGCGUGAAGAAAGCAUUUGCAACUGGCGUACAGUCGGGCGUAAUGUACCUCAUCGCAUACUGCGGAAAUGCCCUCGCCUUCUGGCAAGGCAGCAAGCAAAUUGCACGCGUUGUUCAACUCGAUGCUUCCGGCGCUACCGUGGGCAAAGUAUUUACUGUGAUAUUCGUCAUGGUUGAAGCCACACUUGUUCUCAGUCAAGUUGCCCCUUUCAUACAAAUGUUCGGUGCAGCCUCGGCUUCCUUCCAAAAGAUCCGUGCCGAUAUGGAGCAUCAAUCAACGAUCGAUGCAACCUCGGAGGAUAAUGGCGACUCCCUAGACGAAGUGAAUGGUUCUUUCUCUUUUACGAAGGUCUCUUUUGCGUACCCAUCACGGCCAGAUACAUAUGUCCUCAAAGAACUGGACCUCGAAAUUCCAGCGAAGAAGCACACAGCCAUCAUCGGAAUGUCCGGCAGUGGAAAGUCAACUAUAGCUGGGUUGUUAACUCGACUCUACGAUCCAAAUGAAGGCCAGGUUUUGCUUGAUGAGAAAGACUUGCGGAGCUUGAAUACGCGACAGCUAAGGGGCCAUAUUGGCUUGGUUCAACAGGAGCCUGCCCUUUUCAAUCGCUCAAUUCUUGAAAACAUUGCUCAUGGGUUGGUGAACUCUCCUCAUGCAGAGCAUGAGAGACUGAAACCACUAUUACUCGGGCCAGAGUUAUCGGACCUCGCAGAAUGCGUACGGAAUGGCGAGGACCUACUCGUAGCAGCCCAGAAGCAAGGCCCUCUUGUCACAGAGAUUGCUGCACUCGUCCAACGCGCCGCCAGUUUGGCUGAUGCUACCAAUUUCAUUUCUUCGCUCCAAGACAACUUUGGAACGGUAGUAGGUUCCGGUGGCCGACUUGUGAGUGGAGGUCAAAAGCAACGGCUUGCUCUUGCGCGGGCCCUGGUGAAGAACCCAGAAAUAAUCAUUCUCGACGAAGCAACGUCUGCUCUGGACUCGGCAAGUGAACAUCGGAUUCAGUCUGCAGUCUCAAGAGUGGCUUCUGGGAGAACAAUGAUCACAGUUGCACAUCGGUUGGCGACCGUCCGAUACGCUCACAAGAUCAUUGUCCUGAAAGAAGGCAGAAUCCUGGAAGAAGGAGAUCAUGCCACUUUGAUUGCCCAGGGUGGCGCCUACGCCAGCCUGGUGCAAAUGCAAAAUGUUAAGCCAACAUCUGCUGAAGAACAGGAGUUGCUACAGGACCACCGUGGCGGAUCAAGUAGAACGAGUGACAGCAUCGAUGAGAAACAGCCGGACCAUACAGCUCAGCAAGAGAUACAGCCUUUGGAUUUCACACAGGGCGAAUCCGACGACACCGAGGAAGAAGAGCUCCCUCCAUCGGCGAGAUCGCUCGCAUCAGUGAUAAGUGGUCUCUCACAUCUAGUCCGACCGUAUGUUCUUAUCAUCUUGAUUGCGCUAUUAGCAUCAAGCAUUGUCGGUGGCUCAUUUUCGGCGGAAGCGGUCAUUUUCGGAAACACAGUCGGCCGUCUCAACCCUUGCAAGACUGAAUCAAGUAUUCGAUCUGCGGGUAACUUCUUUGGCCUCAUGUUCUUUGUACUAGCCAUAAUCGAAUUCUUCGCCAACAUGAUUAGCUGGACAGCGUUUGGUUGGCUGUCAGAAAAACUUCUCUACAUUGUCCGCGUCUUGUCAUUCCGGUCGCUGUUCGAGCAGAACCUUCAGUGGCACCAAUCCGACGAGCGAACGCCUGCAAAACUACUCUUAUACAUUACGCGAGAUGGCAGUGCUCUAGCGGGACUGAGUGGAUCAGUGUUGGGCACCAUCUUCUCGAUCUCGGUCAACUUGGUGGUUGCUAUUGUCCUCACCCAUAUCAUCGCUUGGAAGAUCGCGCUGGUAUGUUUGGCUCUAGUGCCUCUUCUUCUCGGUGCCGGCCUGAUGGAACUGAGGGUCCUGGUACAGUUCGAGGAGAAACAUGAAACCGCUUUCGCCAAGUCAGUCGACAUCAGCGUGGAAGCAAUUACUUGCAUCAAAACUGUUGCAGCACUUGGCCUCGAGAAGGAGACUCUCAUGACCUACCGCCGGUCGCUUAAAGGUCCGAGGAAGGAGACUACGACAGUGAGUCUCUACGCUAGUCUGUGGCUAGCCCUCAUGUACUUUUUGGGUAACAUGGUGAAUGCCUUGGCCUACUGGUGGGGAUCGAAGCAAAUUAUAUCCGGAACUUACACUCAGACUCAAUUCCUGAUCGUAGUCUUCUCACUUCUGGUGAGUGCCAUGCUUUGGAGUCAAAUGUUCGCACUGGCUCCGGAAUUAUCCAAUGCUCGCGCCGCUGUUGCCAGAAUACUAGACCUCAUUGAUCUAGGUUCAAACAAAGACUUGAAAGGCUCUGAGGUUGACAAGAUUUUACCACAGCCGUCGGAGAAGGAUGUUGAAGCUCUCGGGGAUGGAAAGCUCUCACCGAGCUCUUCAAACAUGGGUGGCUCAAGCGUGGUAUUUCAGGACGUCACGUUCUCGUAUCCUGCUCGACCCGAUAUGAAGGUCCUCCACGAGUUGAACUUGAACAUCCAACGUGGGAAGUUCUGUGCGUUAGUUGGGCCAAGUGGAGCUGGCAAGUCUACGAUCAUUGCACUCUUGGAGGGCAUGUUCAGACCACAGUCCGGAUCGAUCUUGAUCGACGGCAACGACAUCACGAAGCAUAAGGACGUUUCUUUCCGAGAUGAGAUAUCCCUUGUUCCCCAGGAUAGCGUCUUGUUUGAAGGGACCGUUGCCUUCAACGUUGGACUCGGUGCCCGGCCUCAUGAAGAAGCUUCGCGAGCUGAUAUCGAAGAAGCAUGUAAACUCGCAAAUAUCCACGACACUAUCGUCAACCUACCGCAAGGAUACGACACUCUUUGCGGGCCUAACGGCAGUCAACUAUCCGGCGGACAACGACAGCGACUCUCGAUCGCCCGCGCUUUGGUUCGCAAACCUCGACUUCUUAUCCUUGACGAGUCAACAAGCGCUUUGGACGCUGAGUCUGAAAGUCUGCUGCAGCAAGGCCUCACCAAGGCGGCACGGGGAAUAACGGUUAUCGCCAUAGCUCAUCGCUUGCAUACGAUCAAGCAAGCAGAUGUUAUCUUCUUGAUCGAGGGAGGCAAAUGUGUAGACAGUGGCUCACACGGAGAAUUGUUCCAACGGUCCGAGAGCUACAGAAACAAUGUACUGCACCAGACGUUGGGGGACGUAGAACAAGUGGCAUAA